AUGACUUUUAUCACUUUUAAAGAUGAUGCUAAAAAUAUUGUUGAAAAGAAACCCAAACAUAAAAAAAAAUCAAAUAUUGUUAUUAAUAAAAAGGUUAUUGAUCAAGUGAAAUCUAGAUAUACAAAAACUGCUGAUGGAAACCAUAAUGUAACUCUUAAUUACAAUUUAUGGCUACAAAGUCUUGGUGUUAGUGAAGAAGGAAAAAACUUAAAUGAUUAUAUGACUUCAUGUAUAUUCAGAACAUAG